AGUCGAAGUUUCGAGCUGCUCUCCGCCGCUUUAGUAAAGAAACAGUCAGAGUCUGUCCGUCUAUAAAGCAGCACAGCAGCAGCAGUAGCACCAUUAUACUCGGAGGCAUAGAGACGUUUUUUUUUAAACGCGCCUCUCUCGGCUCUCCAGCCCGUUCCUUUUUUCUAAUACAAUAAUAGUUCCCCCGUGUAUAUAGUUCGUCCGUCCGUGUGUGCAUCCUUCUCUUUUCCUCUUGCGCGCAAAAAGUGCAACUUGCAGCAGAAGCAGUGCAAACGGCAGCAAUAGAGUGACUAUAUAGUGGGCCGCGCUAUACUCUUCGCACACACAAACACAUACAUGCAUAGAAUUACCUACACAAUCAUGAGGAAAGUAGUAAUACCGAACGAGUGCGUGCUACUGCGGGCACUGGCACCGCAAUCGGCCUUCAAUUACAUUCCCAGCAGACAGUCGACGUCGAGCAGCAGUACACCGAUCGUCAUGUCGGACGGCCAAAAGUUGGACAAAGCCGAGCUGAAGGCGCGACUGACGCCGCUCCAGUGGCACGUCACCCAGGAGAAGGGCACCGAGCGGCCGUUCUCGGGCGCCUACAACAAGCACUACAAGCAGGGCCUGUACACGUGCGUCGUCUGCGAGCAGCCGCUCUUCCACUCGGACACCAAGUACGACUCGGGCUGCGGCUGGCCGGCCUUCAACGACGUGCUGGACGAGGGCAAGGUGAAGCUCAACCGGGACUCGAGCCACGGCAUGGACAGGACCGAGGUCACGUGCUCCAAGUGCGACGCCCAUCUCGGCCACGUUUUCAACGAUGGACCCAAGCCAAAGAGGAAGCGCUUCUGCAUCAACUCGGCGUCUAUCAAUUUCCAUCCUGCUACGGAAGCCAAGAAUGAAUAAUUUAGUUGACACAGUCUGUCUCUGUGUAUUUGCGUGUGAUUAUAUAUAAUAAUAGUAUGCAGGUGUGUUGAGCGUGUGUGUGUGUGUGUGUUUCUCAGCUAUGCACGUUAUAUACUUAUACGUAUUCUUAGUGUGGCUUGCAAGCUGUGAUGCAAGAUUAUUGUGAUGAAGCUCUGAAUGUGUAUAGCGUGCGAGUGUAAAUAUUGAUUGAUUAUCUGGUGAUUGUCCAUCCGGGAGAAGAAAAUUUAUUAGCCUAACGACUUAAAUAUUAAUACCAAAAUCAUUAUAACA